UCCCGCCCGCAGCUCAAACUGGAAAAUGGCGGGGACUCCUGAGCUAGAGGUCCUUUCGCCUCCACAGGAUGUGGAGGGAGUAACGGGGACAGAAGACCGGACCUCGGUCCCCGCCGCUGCCCGUGAGGACUUCCGUGUGCGCUGCACCUCGAAGCGGGCCGUGAUGGAACUGGUGGAACUGUGCGGCCGCUUCGUGCAACAGCUCGGGGACUCGCUGCCAGAUAAGAUUCGGGAGCCUGCGCUGCGAGACGCGCAGUGGACUUUUGAAUCAGCUGUGCAAGAAAAUGUCAGCAUUAAUGGGCAAGCAUGGCAAGAAGCUUCAGAUGAUUAUUUUAGGGAUUCUGAUAUCAAAGAACUUGAAGAUCAAUUUGAUGAAAUCAUAGUAGAUAUAGCCACAAAACGUAAGCAGUAUCCCAGAAAGAUCCUUGAAUGUGUCAUAAAAAUUAUAAAAGCAAAACAAGAAUUUCUGAAGCAGUACCACCCUGUUGUACACCCAUUGGACCUAAAAUAUGACCCCGAUCCAGUCUCUCGUGUGGAAAAUUUGAAAUGCAGAGGAGAAACAAUAGCUAAGGAAAUCAGUCAAGCCAUGAAGUCCUUGCCUGCACUAAUUGAACAAGGAGACGGAUUUUCCGAAGUGUUAAAGAUGCAGCCUAUUAUUCAGCUCCAAAGAAUCCACCAAGAAGUCUUUUCCAAUUGUUACAGGAAGCCAGAUGUUAAAUCUGAGAGCUUUAUAACACAAAUAGAAACCACACCAACAGAGACUUCUACCAGGGAAACUACUAACAUGGUACUGAAAAGAAAGCAAACUAAAGACUGCCCUCAGAGAAAAUGGUAUCCAUUGCAGCCAAAGAAAAUUAAUCUUGAUACAUAAACUGGUUUUGUUUACCCUGGGAGUUGAAAUUAGCACUAUCAACUUUUAGAUUAAAGUCAGGUGCCUAGACAGGACUUCAUUUAAAACAACAACGUAACUCUUUAACUAGUGAUUUCUUUAUACAAAUGUAGUUGCUCUGUUCUGGGAUAUGAUGUAAUAUUGUAUUUCUUUCCUCGGUAGUUUAUAGUGAAGAAAAGCAUAGUUUAAAAUGUUGGCACAAAGCCCAUCAGUGGGUGUGAAUGGUGCAAUCUCUUGCAGCCCUUGAUGCCAUCAGCGCUUGGCUGCCUUACAGCUUUUAUGGAAUUUUGUGAGUAACAUACUCUGUUAGGUUUUCUGGAUGUACUGCAUUCUUAAAAGAAGAGCUGUGUAACAACCGUCUUUAUUUAUGUGCUGAAAGGAAUCUGCACAAGAACACAUGCAGGAUUUUGGGGGGCGUUUUUGUUGUUUUCAGUGCAAUUUGUUUUAUCAAAUUAAUGUACAAAUGACAAGACUAACUUUGACUUUGUCACUCCAGUUUAGCUAAUUUGGACCUGUGGGAUUAAUUUUGGGGUUUUGUUUUUGUUUUGUUAGAAGACAAGACAACUAUUAUUUGCACAAGACUUUCUCUCAAAUAAAAAUUAGCAAGUAGCCAAUA